GACCGCAGGCACAGACAAGUAAUGGCUGACAGUGUCGCGAGUGAUUCAGUGACAUAAUCGCUCAGAUUUACGUUAAUUGCUUACCGCGAAUAAAUUGAUAUUUUGAGUGUAGAAUUUAAGGAGAUAUGAACGUUAUAGGAUAUCGAGAAAGAAUUAAUUAGUAGUCGUAUUGUCAUAUUAAUUGGCUAACCAGAUAAUUUGGCUGCAGAAAUCUUACACCGAGGAAUGUCCGAGGGUGAACCCGUAGCGUCUCAACAAAAGCAGCAACAUCAGUACCAGCAGCAGCAACAGCAACUAGGCACCGAGAUGACGGGAAUGACUUGGCAGUAUCCACCUCCAACUCAUCCAUCUCUCUACUCACCUUACGCAGGACACUUGUACGGCCAAGGGUAUGGAUCCCAAGGUCAGAUGUUUUACUACAAUCAAGGAAUGAUGCCGGGUUAUGGCCAGGCAUUUAACACGCAACAGGUGCAGCAACAACAACAGCAGCAGCAGCAACAACAGCAGCAGACAGCUGCAGCUCAAAAUAACCAAGCCAAGCAACAGUCACAGCAGCCGCCUGUACCUGGAACUCCCGUGUCACUUGACGAUGACUCUGACCUUCCCCCUCUUCCUCCAGGACCUCCACCCCCUUCGCAGUCUUCCCAACAGCAAAAUAACCAAAAUCCGCAACUCCAGCAACCGCCACCCUUCGUUUACAGCUCUUUCCCUUACAAUGGAUGGAAUGGAAUGCAAAACGAUCACUCACAAUUUAAUGGUGGUCAAAUCCGCUUCAAUCUUCAAAACAAGAAAACUGGUCUUGGCUUUAGUCCGUCAGGUAACAGCGGAGCGGCUAAGAAAAAACGUAAGAGGAAUAAGAAUCUGGCUGCGCAAUUCAACAAUAGUUUUCCAGGAAACAAUAAUGCAACUGCGACCAGUUUUAUUCCUGGGGCUAAUCUUAAGUCAGAACUACCACCUUUACCUCCAACUCAGCAUCAACCACCCGUGCCUCCUCCACCUUCAGAAAACCCGCCGGAAAUAGUGACACCCUCAUUAAACCCCCAGGCAGUAGUCACUGCUCAAAAUAUUCCCAGAAAACCGGCUGUAGGUACCACCCCCCCAACUGCUAUGACAAACCCGAGUCCUGUCGGUGACUGGCCUGAUAGUCUAAAAAACUACGUUAAUCGUUGCUACGAAAAGUGCAAGACAGCCGUUGAUAAGGAUCAAGUUGAAAUUAUACUGAAGGGUAAAAUAACGCGUUCUGCUAAUGACGGUUCCCUGUGGGUUAAGGACUGGGACAAAGAGCCUCUACCAAGCAUUCACAGCGAGCGCAUGACAAUGACGAUAAAAGCUCAGAACCAGAGUUUGAAGCUGGUAAAUCCUUUGGUGGUUCAGGGACAGGGAGGCCAGCGCAAAACGGGCCUCUCCACUUCUCUUGGGGCCCGUCUUGGUGCACGUCUCUCUGCCGGCUCUCACCGUAGGUCAAGGUCGAGAUCGAGAUCGAGGUCGCGGUCGCGUAGUCCUCCUUUCCGAAAGUACAGGCGAAGCACUUCCUCUUCGUCUAAUACAAGUGACCGGGACCAUGAGCAUAAGUCUUCGUCAUCAAAGUCGAAAAAAUCGAGCAGAAGUAAACAGAGUUAUAACAACAAUAACAGCAGUGGCGGUGGUAGCAACAACAGCAGUACCAGCAACAAAAAGAUGAAGAAGGCUAAGCAAAAUAAAUCACAUUUCUAUUCAGAGUUUGGUUUAGCUACAGGAAACGGAGAUGAACUUGGAACCAAGGAAAAACUUCAACAGCGCGCUGCACGCUUCAGCGAUUCUAUUUCCAGGAACAGCUUAAAUAUCAAGGAUGAUGGUGCUACUGAAUUUGAUUUUACAGGGCUUCACAUCGUCGGUACCUGCAAGGAUCUUGAAAAACCUUAUUUACGCCUCACUUCUGCUCCUGCAGCUUCCGCCGUGCGGCCAGUAAGCGUGCUUCGUUUUUCUUUGGCUCACGUUAAAAAACGUUGGGUAGCUGAGCAGGACUACAGAUACGCUUGCGACCAGUUGAAAUCGAUUCGUCAAGAUUUAACAGUGCAGGGUAUACGGGAUUCGUUUACAGUUCAUGUUUACGAAACUCACGCUCGUGUCGCCUUAGAGCGAGGUGACCAUGAAGAGUUCAACCAAUGUCAAACGCAACUAAGAAUGUUGUAUCAGGAUCUUGGUGGUGAAAAUCGUACAGAGUUCAUUGCAUACAGGAUACUUUACUACAUAUUCACGAAAAACACACAAGACUUAACAACAAUUUUAGCGUCUCUGACAGCCGAAGAUAAAGAAGAUGAAUGCAUAAAACAUGCACUAAAAGUCCGCUCGGCGUGGUGGCUGGGUAACUUCCACGUAUUUUUCAAACUGUACCGUAAAACCCCGCGAAUGGCAGCCUUUCUUAUGGACUGGUUCAUUGCUAGGGAGCGCAAGAAUGCGCUAAAACAUAUGAUAAAAUCCUACCGGCAAAAUUUGGCGGUCGAUUUCAUCGUUGCGGAAUUGGCCUUUGAUUCUUUGGACAAGUUUUAUGAAUUUGUCUCCGAGCUUGGGUUGGUUUACGCCGACCUUGAGCGAACCCAAGUUGACUGCAAGACUAGUAGUGGUAAUCUAGGUAGCUGGUAGCUGCUGCCCGGAUCCUCUUUUCUUCACGAGGAAACUACUUUGAAAACAAAUUGUUUUAAUGUGUACAUCUGUCAUGAUGUGAGCACAUUGUGUUUUCCUUCACACCUUCAAAAACUAAACACUAAGUGUGGAUGAGUCGCUCUUAUCGAUCCUCAUCGCACUCUCAACCCCGGAUCAACUAUUGACAGGCUAAAUAGCUUACCCAGAGCGAGAUUUAGGACAAGAAGAAGUCGUGUACCGGCUCUAUAUGUAUAAUUAUAUCUUCUAACACGGAUCACCAUUUGUUGUACAUAGCUAAAUAGAGCAGGAGCAGCCAGCAUCAAGCAGUUCUGUUGCACAAAAAGCUCAAAUAUAUCCUGAAAUUCAUCGUUGCGAUUGGGGAUCAUUGGCAUGAAGCCAGAAACGGUUCCAGAUUCGGUGUAGAAUUUCACCUUCGAAAAUAUCAUACCUCCUGUCUACUCUUGGGUAUUUAAACUUGGAUACGAUUAUUUUUCGAAAAAUGAUUUCAAGCCGUACGAUUCUUCACUCGGCUUCCUCCUCCUCCCCCCCCCCCCCAGCCUUUAAAAAA